CCGCGCCCUCCCGCUCAGACAUGCGCCUCUCAAGCGAGGGAGAGCUGGCGAGGGACCCUUGGCGAGGGCUGACGCCACACGCCUUCACCUGACGCCACUCGCGGUUUUUGCACGCCCCGGAGGGUCGAGUGCCCCCUGCCAGAGGAAGGGUCUCCGUCGCAGCCGCUUUCCUGCGGAGAGUUUGCGCUGUGCAGUGCAAGAGGCCAGGUGUCAAAAAAAAAAAGACAAACGCCUUGUCUCCCGCGAUCUCCCUCGGUCCUUCUCUUCCCUUCCCAUAGCAUUUAAUGCUCCUGGACACAGUUUAGAAGAAAACAUACUUUUGAGCGCGGUGUUUAUGAAAGUCAGGAUGCAUUAUACCUGGAAUGGGACAUGAGGUAUAAAAGGAACUGGGAGCUCACCAGAUCAGAAUGAAACAGAUGUUGACAGAUUUUUCAAAUCUACUUCUCAUUGUGCUCUGUGAUUAUGUUCUUGGAACAAUGAAAUAUAUUCUCCUGGAACAACCAACUCAUGUAGCUCUAAGCAACAGCACAGUGUCUGUUGGCGUCCAGAAUUAUGAUGGCAACGUGACACUGCAAAAUACCUUCAUCCUGCUAAUAGAUGCCAGCACAAACCAAACUAUUGCAAAAAAACACCUUCAGCAAAACCAGUACGAGGGUAUUGUUGUCUUUGAAUGUAUUCAUUUUAAGAGUGCUGGGAACUACUGGUUCAGAAUGGCUCCUGAAAUCAUCCAUGGCACCAAUCCCCAGUGGAAUGGAGAGAAUAUCUCCUUGACUGUGAAGUGGCCUGUAUUUCACUUGGAUUUGAGGAGGACCUCGGAGGGACUCAGGACAGCCCUUCAGGUUGAGUUGUUUACUGAUGAAUAUUUAUGUCCAAUGAAUAAGACUGUGGCUUCUCUUGAUAUAAUACUGACCAGCAGCUUAUAUGAACUAGGGACAUUGAUCUCAAAUGAGUCUGUGGGACUGAGAACCAGCAAAAACCUUAGUCUCUUUAGUGCCCACUGGAUGAAGUUUGACUGUCCACUGGUUGGUCAAGAAGCAUAUAUUGCUGUAAUAUUGAAGUCAGCAGAGACUAAAUCAAUUAUUGCAUCAACGGGACCUGUAGAUCUUGUGCAUAAAUUUGGCUACAAGUUAGUUGUGGCAGAAGAAGCAGUAUGUGAAUCGUCCAUUGUAGUUUCCGUCAUUCCACCUCCUUGUACAUCUUCUGGUGGGCACAUUGCUGUGUUCAAAGAACAUCUGGGGCCUUUUGGUCAUGUAAGGCUACAUAAAAGUGCCAUGAAGCCAGACGAUGAUCGGAUAGAAUUCAACUGCACGUUGUUCGACAAAGGCACGAAUAAAUACUGUUUUGAAUUUAGCCAUUCAAACCAAGUUGAUUCUCCCCCGAGAGCAAAAGAAUGUGUACUAAUUCAAAGGAAUAUUGAGUCCUGGAGCCUUUGGCAGGCCUGGAGUCCUUGCAGUGUGACUUGUGGGGAUGGCUUCCGUGAGCGUUACCGAGAGUGCCUCAAUUCCUUGCUGCUCCCAGUAAAGCAGGGUUGUGUGGGGCAGCAGCAGGACAUUUCUCCAUGCUCUUUGGAAGAAUGCUCUACCACUAAGUCUGCACCCAUCACACCACUGCAUCCUGAAGAGGGCCAGAAAGCCACCAACAAUCUGGUAACUGUCACAGGCAUUUCCUUGUGUUUAUCCAUAAUCUUUGCAACUAUCCUUAUCACCUUAUGGAGAAAGCUUUGCAGGGCCCAUAAAUGUAGCACUCCUGUGCGCUGCAACUCUGGCCACUCGCCCAGCUUCCGGAAGAACUCCGAUGAAGAGAAUAUAUGUCGAAAAAGACAGCCACAAGAGAGCUUUUCUGAAGAAGAUGAUCCUUCCAGAGACCCUCCUGAGAUACCCUUGAAUUUCAGGAGAAACCUCCAUUUCACUCAAGAAGAAGGGGAAGGAGGAGCUUCUGCUAAUGAGAGCUUUCAGUCCAGUGCUCAAAAAAUAAUCCCCCCCAUUUUCAGCUACCGCCUUGCACAGCAGCAGCUCAAAGAAAUGAAGAAGAAGGGCCUUACGGAAACAACAAAGGUUUAUCAUGUUUCUCAGAAUCCUUUGACAGACACGGUGAGCACAGAAAGCCAGGAGGCAGCGGUGGCAACAAACAAGUUUAGAAUCAAGUCCCCUUUCUCAGAGCAGACAUGCAUUCACCCCAAGUUAUCCAGCAGCAGGCCCUGCUCUAGGGUAGAUUUCACACUAUCGCAGACCAAUCCCAUCUUGAGCCCGAGUCAGUCUCUAACUGGAAGAGGUCAGCCCAGGUAUCUAAAUCACAAAGCAGAGCCAUCAGAGAGAAGCUAUUCCAGAAGUUCACAGUUCAGAAGAACAGCUAGUUUCCAUGAAGCCAGAAAAGCCAAGCCUUUCCGAAAGAGAAGCAUGUCCACCCUGACACCAAACCAGACUCCGCUCUACCAGUGCAGAACUAGAACGUGGAACUGUGUCCGAGAGGAACAGCCUCAUCUUAAAUCUAAAACCACGAAUCAGAAUGCUGUGGAGCUUGAGCUGUGCCCCAGCAACCCUUUAAGUGCUGAAUCCCUGGCCUAUGGGGCACAGCCCCUUUGCAAUCGGGAACCUCUGGGGAAAAGACCAGACCUGGUCAGCGGCCGCCAGCCUGUCUCCCUAAGUGCUGAUAGGUUGGGGCAAAAGAGAAACAGAAGUGGCCCCUUUCUGAGCCAUGUGGAUGCUUGGAGGAAAGAACCAGCUCUCAAUGGCAGUUUGGAGAGAGGAGAUGCCCUGAGUCCUACCCAGUACCGGAGGAGCAAAUGCCAGAGCUUCCCAUCUGUUCCCGAAUACCGCUUCUAUGACAAUACUACUUUCAGACUGACUGAAUUGGAACAGCAAAUGAGUGACCUGCCCUUAUAUUUUGGCUCAAAGGAAGAGGGUAAAGUAAGUACCUUAAGUAUUGAAAAUCUGGUGAUUUGAGUGCCCAGUUAUAAUCUCAUAGUGACACAGACCCCGUGAGCCAGUGUGAGAUUUGACCACCACAAAGACAACCUUGGAUUUUAUAAACAUGGAAUAACAGAAGUCAAAUUUCCCCUCCCCUAGGAAGAAGGCCUGACUUGUUGUAUUUCACAUGUGUGGAAGCAGAUGAUUUCCUGACUCAGAAAUCACUCAGUUCAUGUAUUGGAAAAACUCUUUGACUCCAUCAUAGUUUGGCUCUCAUGCUUCGUAUCUCUCCCUGAUCUUUUCCCCCCAAAAUAAAACUUUUAGGGCUGGAUUCUACAAGCUGCAUUGCACUGACCAAGCAGUUCACAGGAGAGCAUUUUAAGUGCAGUCUUAAACCAUUUAAAACUUAAAACUAGUUUCACCGUUAUAGUAUUUGUCAGCCUCUGAAGUGGUGAUUGUAUUUCCAACCUUUCUUUUAAGCGACUGAAAAGUGCAACCCAUUGCACUGGCUGGGGGACAUUCCGGAACUGUGACAUUCCAAAGCCCACUGGAGUGGCUUCAAAUCUCUGUAUUUGGGUUUUUAUUAGACGUUUCGUGUGGUAUUGCAACAGCAGUUGGAGGGAAUACCCCUUGAGUACCCUGCUUUCCUUCCCAAGCAAGGCGCUUUUGCUUAAACCACUGUUCACCUCACAGCAAUUCAAAUUGCCCAAUAGCCUUCUAAGUCUAGCAGAAGUCCACAUCAUACAUUCCGUGUCCAGGUAAGAAGCAAUCUUUUGCUUCAGAGAGAAGAGAAGAGAACCACCCUCAAAAAGGUGUUUCCACAAACAGUGAAACAAAUCCUUCCCAUUUCUACAGAAGCCAUCACUGAAGUAGCAGUUCAAAAAUAAUCAUAAUUGGUUUAAAAUUUGAUCUUUCUCCCAUGAUAGAUGGGCAUACUGCUCUAAAAGUGUUUCCUUUCUGAGUCUUGAAAAUGUGUGCACCUGAAACAAGUAUUUCUAUAAUAUACAAAUUGAAGACUGGAUGAAAAAUAAAGGAACUUUUCUCUUUUUGUAGUUAUUUUAAUAGAUAUGAAACAAUUACUUAAUCAUAACACUUUCCACUAUUGCUGCUACUUCCUUUAGUUCAUUCAACAUGGAUUAUGAAAAUAUACUUGAUCAUUUUCAUAUCAUGGGUAUUAUAUCACUGUUCUUUGUUUUAGCAGAGGGUUGAGAGUACUUGUCAUCACAAGGCAUUAUUCAGCUCAUAGUGGAUAUAUGAUUUUUCCUUAAAAUGUUAUCUUAAAAGUUUCGGCUUCCAUUUCAAAAGUCUUGUUUUCAUUUACUCAAAAUAAAACACAUUUGUGAAAAUGCAUACAAAUUCUGAUUUAUUCGACAGCAGUUGGAGCUUCCCAACUGUUUUUUAUUUUCCUCUGCUUGAGAAAGCCCUUAGAGCCAAAAGGAAACUUGAGAAAAGGAUUCCGCUACAAUGCAAGUGAACCAGCACGUACACCCAACAGUCAGCACAGGUUCUUGUCUGUUGAUAACAACCAACUUGAAGGUAAAACAUGCUUUGCCAUUAUGGUGAUGUUACAACUUCCACCCUUCCCUGGAAAGGUACUGGUGGCAUCAGCUAAGCAAAUAUUGAUUUAUUAAUUUUCCAAAGGCUGGAUCCAUAGACCCUCCUCCCCCACCACUUCCAGCAGUUUUAUUUUUCCAUCUCAUUUUGCCUAAUUGUGGCUUUCUGCUGCAGAUGAUGGGGACAAUUUUGAGUACUGGAAACACAUUUAAGGAGAACUCAUGUGGAAAAAUUCCCCCAAGUUUCUUCUAUGUACAGAAUUCUCACAUGUUGGUUGUUUUUAACAACCACAAACUGGCAUUGGCUCUGCCUGAGCUGAAGCGUUCCUUCCAAGGGCAAGCUCAGCCGUGGUUUUAUUCCCCCAUGCACUCUGCAAGGUGCCCCACUCCUUCCCUCCACAUUCGCUGUGCCUUGGAGGAAUCACUUUUCAUUACCAGCUGGCCUGGUGAGUAUAGGUGUCACACGACUUUGGGAAAUCCAGAACAGAAGGAAAGAUUGGGAAUGCUUCUAAGAGCAUGGUUUUUCCUUUGUACAAAUUCAGAAGCAGCUUCUGAAUGAUGAAGUGCUAGUGCUGUAACUUACAACUAAACUUACGGUAAGAACAUAUUGGGUAUAUUUUGCAUGAUAUAGUCUUUUCAAGAACAAAGUGUCUUAUUAGAUUUAUACCCCACUUUUUCUUCUAAAGAACUCAAAGCGGCUUACAUCAUUCUACCACUCUCAAUCUUAUUCCUACAA